AUGGCGGCGCUAGUGGCGGAGGUGAGCGCGGCUGCGUCCUCGCCUCUCCUCGUGCCCCGCUCCGCUCCACGCGCUGCGGUGGGUGCGGAGGUGCGGCGGCAGGUGGGGCUCGCGGCGCCGCUGGUGGCGUGCAGCCUGCUGCAGUACAGCCUGCGGGUGGUCUCCGUCAUGUUCGCCGGACACCUAGGGGAGCUCUCCCUAUCCGGGGCCUCCGUCGCGGCCUCCUUCGCCAACGUCACCGGCUUCAGCGUCCUGUGCCUUACCAGAUUCCUGCAGACCCAAAAUAUUGCCCAGAUAUUGGUAGCUUGCUCUGGACUUACUUUGCUACUAAAUGUUAUGCCAUGCUGGUUGCUGGUUCUAAGUUUUGGCCUUGGCCACAAAGGCGCAGGCACAGCUCUGGCAACCUCAGUAUCUUACUGGUUCAAUGUGGCAUUGCUAGCUGUGUAUGUGAAAGUUUCUGAAGCUGGCAGAAGAAGUUGGCAUGGAUGGUCAAGGGAGGCACUAAAGUUAAAGAAUGCCAAAGUGUAUCUAAGGCUAGCAAUUCCAUCUACCUUUAUGACCUGCUUGGAGUAUUGGGCAUUUGAGAUGGUGGUUCUCUUAGCGGGAUUUCUUCCAGAUCCAACACUGGAAACUUCAAUUUUGUCAGUCAGCCUAAACACAAUGUGGAUGGUCUAUACAAUUCCAAGUGGCCACAGCAGCGCAAUAAGAUUAAUUGUCUUUGCUAUGCCGCCUGAGCAGGUUAAUGUAAAAAAUGAUCACAUAUCCAACAUGCUCAGUGCUCUCAUAAGUCAUAAGAGAAAAAGAAAAGAUCCAAUUUGUUUGGUAUUGCAUGCUACAAGUAAGAGGGUUUCACCAGUAUCAUUUAUUCCUUUACCAAAGAAGAGCGGCACAAGUGUUAUGUACAAGAGUGGCGCGGCUCGAGGAUGUGUCUGGCAGAAAGUAUGCUCGGUUAUCAACCUGUUUGCUUACUAUGCUAUUGGUCUCCCUUCAGCUGUUACUUUUGCAUUUAUUCUGAAGAUUGGUGGUAUGGGCCUUUGGUUGGGAAUCAUAUGUGCUAUGGCAGUGCAGAUAUUUGCUUUGGUCGUGAUGAUGCUUCGAACCAGCUGGAAUGAAGAGUUUUCCCCUUCCAAACAAGCGGCCCUGGAUAUCGUUGAACGCGGGGCUGCUAAAGAAGCGGAGCAUGAUUUGGUAUUGGUGGAGGUUAAUCUUAACAUUAUGGCACCAGGCACUUCGGCAAACUCUGGUCUGCUCCAUUAUUACAUACUGAGUGAACUUCAAGUCCCUAUUACCGAGGCACUUUCCAAAUGUAUGAACCUGGGUGCAUGCUUCCAUGUGCUGAAGCCACUGGACAGAAGAAGCUUCAGCAUUCUGUGGCACCAAGCACUGGAACACAAGUCUAAAAAGGCAGCACCUCAAGAACCAACUCUUAAUAGUACCAGAAAUGGAAUGGUUUCAUCAUCUACUGAAAAGCCCAAGGAAGUGCUUAUCCUAGAGGGAAACGAUUUAUCCGAUCCUGAAAGCAAUGGAUAUGAAGAGCCAAAGAAGCGGAAUCGGAUCACAUGGACCAUUGAGCUCCAUGAAAAGUUCUUGGAGGCUGUCGAAGUUCUUGGGGGGGACGAGUAUCCCAGGUCCCUUGACGAUCAAGGGCAGCAAGCUCCUCACACAUUGCAAGCUGCCAUUCAGGGAUGCUGGAAGCUUCUUGAUACGUGGAGGGUUCAUCAACAACAGCAUUCACAGAUGGAAAACCAUACUUGUCAGCAGGCCCAAUAG